AUGACGGCCAAUUGUUUUUCAGGUUACAAAGACCUCAUCAAGGAGGGUGAUCUGACUCUGAUAUGGGUUUCUAGAGACAAUAUCAAACCAGUAAGGAUGCAAUCCGAAGAAAUAUUCAACACCAGGUACGGUUCUUUUCCCCAUAAAGAUAUCAUAGGCAAACCUUAUGGUUCCCAAAUUGCUAUAAGAACAAAGGGCUCAAACAAAUUUGCCUUCAUCCAUGUUUUGCAACCAACUCCUGAAUUAUGGACUCUGUCAUUACCACACAGAACUCAGAUUGUAUAUACACCUGACUCUUCCUACAUCAUGCAAAGGUUGAACUGUAGCCCUCACAGUAGAGUAAUCGAAGCAGGUACAGGUUCGGGCUCAUUUUCGCACGCUUUUGCGAGGUCUGUGGGUCAUCUUUUUAGUUUUGAAUUUCAUCAAGUAAGAUAUGAACAAGCAUUAGAAGAAUUUAAAGAACAUGGUCUCAUCGAUGACAACGUCACGAUCACUCAUCGAGAUGUUUGCCAAGAUGGGUUCGUUAUAAAGAAGGGAGAUACCACAUCUUAUGAAUUCAUUAAUGGUGAAUCUGCCGCUUUAUUGAACGCAAAUGUAGUGUUUUUAGAUCUACCAGCACCUUGGGAUGCUAUACCUCACCUAGAUUCCGUUAUUGCUACUGAUGAAAAGGUUGGAUUGUGUUGCUUCUCGCCAUGCAUUGAGCAAGUAGAUAAAACGUUGGAAAUAUUAGGGAAACAUGGUUGGACAGAUGUAGAAAUGGUAGAAAUUCAAGGUAGGCAGUACGAAAGCCGAAGACAAAUGAUUAGAUCACUUGACGAUGCUCUAGAAAGGUUAAGAGACAUCAAAAAACACAAAAUUCAAGGGGUAGAAAGGCGCAAGCGAAUGUUUAACAAUACUGUAGAUUCUAGCGAUGAGAAAAUUGAAAAAAGAAGCGAAGAGGGUAUACCAUUGACAGAAAAGGCAAAAUUCAACCCAUUUGGUAAAGGUUCCCGUAUAAAGGAAGGUGACGAUAACUAUAAGUGGAAAGAAGUCACCAAAGUUGAAACUGAAAUUAAGUCGCAUACCUCGUACUUGACUUUUGCCUUUAAAGUCAUUAAUAAAUCAAGAAGUGAUGAAAAAGUUAACGAGGUUCUUCAAUCAAUGAACAAACAACAAAAAGAUUAA